GCAGACCUGCCCCAGAAGGCGACGGGAAGGAGCGGGAUUCCGGACGAUGGCGGCGCCUGGCGCGCUGCUGGUGAUGGGCGUCAGCGGCUCGGGGAAAUCCACCGUUGGCACCCUGCUGGCAUCCCAGCUAGGAUGGAAAUUCUAUGAUGCAGAUGACUAUCACCCAGAGGAAAAUCGAAUGAAGAUGGGAAAAGGGAUACCUCUGAAUGACCAGGACAGGAUUCCAUGGCUCUGCAACUUGCAUGACAUUUUACAAAGUACAUCCCUGGAAACUUCUCACAUCCUGCUCACCUUGACCACACAGGGGCUGAUGCUCCCUUUUCUCCUGCUUUCUCUAGCUCUGCACUGGAAUCUGUGAUACUCUUGUCAUCAUGCUCUGGCAUAUUUAAAGAAAAGGAGAGGAAACUUCGAAAGUGAAGCUUCAAUUGAAGUUUAAAUUCAUGUGACCCAAUCAAAUAAUCAGAGGAAAUUCUAUAAUCUAUGCUGUAAACCAUGACUUAUUUAGAACACUCUUGAUCAUGCCUGUACUUGGACAAAUAAAUGAAACUUGGCUAUCCUUGGCACCCUCUGGAGAUCAGUCAGGAGCAGAAAAGCAUACAAAAUUGACCACUCACCAGCAAGUCAUGUUACACCACACACCUCUUAUUUCUCUCUCUCUUUGAGUCAUUUUAUUUCUAGGUAAAUAAAAAGCACACGCAGUUCACAGAUUUUAAAAAAUUUGCAAAGGUGGAACUUGAGUGAAUGAAAUGCAUGACUCACUGAUUCAGUCUGCCCCCACCUCAUUUUGGAGACCCCUGUGAGACCAGGCUAUUAUCAACCUGCCCACCUUCCUGCUGUAAAAGCUGUCAAUGAUGGACACUAGGCAGGCCAGUAAGGAACACCAGAGGAGCUGCUAUGGCUGAAAACUGAAACAAAACUUGCUAAUGGGCAGCUUUAUGCCAGUGGCAGCAGGAUUGGGCGAGGCUGUGGGGAGCUUAGGGGCACUGGUGCAUUGCUGGCAUGCAGCUUCAGGUACCAGCAGGGAAAGCUGCAAUCUGGCCAGCAUGGGUUGGGUUUGAGCCCUUCCCCAAUGGGGCUCCAGGAAGAAGCUUCCUUAUCCCUCUAUCCUAACCAGGGCCACAAGACCCAGCCACUUUGCAGGGCCACUGGUUGGUUCUGACCAAAAAGUGAGUUUUGGAACCAAUUACCUGUUUUCUUUCACAAGGAUAUGCAUUUCUUUGUCUCAGGAACCACAAAUAGAAUAUGUGUGUGGGGUGCCAAUGGAAUGAAAGGGCCCUUCUGGGUGGACAGACCUUGCCUAAGAAAAUAUGGAGAGAAUGAGGAAGGUGAUGGAGGAGUAAGAUGUGGAGCUCACCUUCUCCUCACAGAUAUAUAAAAAAUACAUCUACAGGGCUUCCCUGGUGGCACAGUGGUUGAGAGUCCACCUGCCGAUGCAGGGGAUACGGGUUCGUGCCCCAAUCCAGGGGGGAUCCCGUGUGCUGCGGAGCAGCUGGGCCCAUGAACCAUGGCUGCUGAGCCUGCGCAUCCAGAGCCUGUGCUCCGCAACGGGAGAGGCCACAAC